AUGAGGUACACGUGCGAUCAAGCAGGUUGCACCAAAAGCUACUCGCGCCCCGACCAUCUCCUUCGACACAAACUCAAUCACGACCAGGCUCGCGUUCUAUGCUGCAAUCAGUGCGAUCGCACCUUUGUCCGACAAGACCUUCUCGUUCGUCAUCUCGAGAGGCAUGCGCUACGAGGUAAGACUCUCGGUAGAUGGUCGAACCGAGACAAGGACGGCGACGCAGGUGACGAUCCAGAUGAGACAGCCGGCUCCUCUUCAUCGCCUCGCAAGCCUACAUCAACGUCAAACAAACGUCGCAGAUCUACUGCUGCUUCCAAGUCCAGUCGUCAUUCCAACACCAACAUGGAUUCGCAGCAUGUCCGCAACUCGGACGAAGAGGACCAGGAUCAGGAUUCUGCCAAUGAGGAUGCAAUGCGUGAUCACGAAGCCUCGAACCUAGCACAGCAGCUCUCUCAUAGUGCUCAAUCGCAACAGCCUAUCUCUCCGUCCUGGUCAAACGUGGCUUCGGGUCCUAUCAGCACUUCUGGCACACAGGUCCCUCCGUCCUCGUCCACACCGUACGCGACGGCAGCAGGCUGGUCGUCGAAUCCCCCCAUGUCACCUCCAGCGUCGCGUCCUUUGCACUCGUACUCAGCUAGCUCGGUUUCCUACCAUGGCGAUCGGCACAACGGUCGAACUUCAAUUGCCGGCCUCGACAGCCAUACAACCACCGUCGCUCACCCAAAUCCCUACGCUCCUUCGUCGUAUCGCAAUGAGGCCGCGUGGUCUGGCGCACCUGCGCACUCCAACGUCAGACGAAAUCCGGCUCCCGGCAGCGGUCUUGCUACGAAUGACACUUUCCGAUGGCUACCAGGCGACUCGGUCACCAAUGCUUCGUCCAGUGGAAGCUAUGCUCCGCCACCGUCUGCCUCUUACAUGGUCGCUUGGAACGAAGCGUCGCACGACGCCACGCAUCAAGAUGCGUCUAUGCCGUUGACUGAGCUCGACACCGCAGCUGCGGUCGCCAGCGGCGCGAGGUCGUCUUCCACCUUGCCUCCUCCAAACCAAGACAUCUUUCCGUUCGCACCGCCGAUCGUCGACCAUACUGCUGACUUUGGCUGGCUCUUUGACGGUGUCGAUCCCUUCGGCGGCUCCAACUUCGGCGGAAGUGCCGGUCGAACCAACACUGCUGUCAACAAUGCGCGGGGACCUCACUCCCAGACUUCUGGCUUCUCCCCAAGCAGCUCAGACGGCCUCGGAGGCUUUCUCGGCAACGUGCACGGUUCCAACAACGGCGUUGCACCAGGCGGCGGGACAGGCGAUGCUUCAAGCUUUGGCCGCGGCAUGAGCUCCGAUGGCAUCCUCAUGUCUGGCAGCGAGGUCGAGACUCCCAAUGCGCUCGAGGAUCUUGCUUACUUUGCGACACUGCAGGCUGACAUUCCAAGUCGUGUCACCUACCAUCUCGACCCGGUCGCACACCACCGACUCCUCAUCUUCCUUCAAUCCGUCAGUGAGCUGCCAAAUUCGCCUCUCUUCACUCCUUCCGUCUUGAGAUGCUACAUUUAUCUCUUUUUCGUCAAGUUCAACCGCCUCUAUCCGCUCAUCCAUGAGCCGACUUUCGCAGCCAGCACCACCGACCCCAUGCUCUUGAGCGCCAUUGUCGUCAUCGGAGCACACUUUGCCGGCCUGCCAGCCCACGAGCUGGCUGUGCGCAUAGCUCAAAAGAUCUGGGGCGCCGUCGUCAGUCUCGAAGACUUCCGUCCAGCGCGCGCUACCUUGCCCAUGCUCCAGGCGCUCGUCCUCACCGAAUGCUUUGGCAAGAUGAUGAGUACCCGACCGCAGCACGAGAUGUCUCAUCUCUUCCACAACUUUAUCGUCACACUCGCCCGCAGGAACGCCGUCUUCAACGCCAGCACUCCGAGCCAGACUCACUUCGACGACUCAGAAGAGUCCUGGAGAAGCUGGGCCCGAGAGGAGGAAAAGAAGCGCAUUGCACUCUUUGAGUUCAUGCUCGAUGCACAGCAUGCCACCAUCUUCCGACACAUUCCUUCGCUCUCUGCAUUCCAGAUCCAGCUCAACCUUCCUUGCAGCGAUGACGAAUGGAACAAGGCCACACCUGAGGCCUGGUACCGAUUCCGUAAGCGCACAGGCUACAAGCCCCCCGGUCCUUUCAUCCCUGCACUCAAGGCGUGUCUCAGCCCCGCCAAGACACCGCAGGAGCUGGACGCGUUCCCACGCUUCGUGCUUCUGCACGGCCUCAUGAGCAUCGCUUACGAUCUACAAUGGAAGCAAAAUGUCUUGCUCGGCGCCGAGUCAUCGCCGGGUGGCAGUAGAAGUGGCGACAACGGCAUCGGCAACUGGAAGGAUCGCCUUUCGGCAGCAUACUCAUCCUUGCAGGCACGCAUGGAUAUCGCCUACAUCAAAGCGGAUGAAGAGUCGAGUACACGUCUCAUCAAUAGAGCGACGCCAAGUCUGGUGACGGCAGCUCAGAUCGCUUUGUUUGCCGACAUUAUCGACAUACAGAUCUACGCCGGCCUCCCCUCGGUCCUUGGCCGCUUUAUCGAUCGUUCCACUUUCAACGCCUCUCGUCGAUCGGUCAAAGAGUGGGCGCGCACCUCGGAUGGGCGGACGGCAGUCUGGUACGCCGUCAACUUCCUGCGUACUUCAUUGCUCGGCACGGGCACCGAAUCUUAUGGCACCAUCCAGGCCUUCAAGAGCGGAGACUCCGCAUCUGUAGCCAACGAUGAAGGACGCGACGCCGAAGCGUCAGUGUCGUACCCGGGCUUGCGCGACAGCGAGACUGGCACUGGCAUUGCAAGUGCGUCGCCAGCAGCUCGGAAAGGUCCCGACAGUCAACACGGUAUAGAUGAGGUCCUGCACCACCGUUGGUGCCAGUAUCUGUGCGCGCUCGUCAUUUGGGCUUACGGACACGCAUUGACAAACCCUCGAGCUGGGGCAGCUGCCGCCGACCAGGGUCACUCAGGCCCUGCCACCGCUGGCUCCGGCUCAGCUUCGACGACUCGACCCGGGUCUGCGCAGCACAAUGGCAGUUCGAGCCUGAACACCACCAUUCCCAACUCGCCGGGAUCGUUUCAAGGCCAGGUCUCGGCUGAACGAACACCCAUUGGCGGCAAUCCUAGUGUCGCUGGAGCCGCCUCGACAUGGACGCUCAAACCGGAAGGCAUCGACUUUCUUGAGCGCAUGUCGACCAAGACGGCGGAUGACAUUGCUCACGUCGAGUGCAAAUGCUACACUCGUGCGGUGCUCGAUAUGGUCGAAAGGGAGGUCAGGGCAUCGCGGUGGGAGCUCGGUCGUGAAGCUUCAGGCGUGUUGCGGAAGCUGAUCUCGAAUCAUCAACUACCGCUGUGGGAUCGUUCGAACAAUGUUGGCUCGGCGGAGACGUCGCGCAGGAACGAUCCGGCUUCUCUGCCACUUCAACAGCAGUCGAGAUCUAGCGUACUCAAAGAGGAUCCGGAUGGCCCCAACGGAUCGACAGGCUCGGUGCUCGGGAUAUCCGCACUCACUUCACCGGCUCACAAGACAUCUUUCCUGCCAGAGCGAGGGAUCGCGUCCAGUCCGCGCGUCAUCGGCAUCUCUGGCUCAGGUUGCCCGCCGAGGUCAGCGAUCUGA